GAAGACCCGGAUGUGUCUGGGACUGGCCGAGGUACCCAUUAACGCGCCCCCGCUAGACCAUCCCCCCUCCUCCUUUUAUGAUUGGGUUUUAAGCACGCCAAUCAUCACUUCUCCGGCCACUCAUUCUUCAAGGGUGGGGUGAAGUCCCGGCAUCUAGUCUUCUACUGGCAUGGCCGAGAAGAUGAGGGCGGGGUGGCCGGCUUAGGUCGCCCAAUGGGCGUCGUGGCGUGUGGGUAAGGCGGAGCCGAGGCGCUUGGCAGCUGCCCAAUCAGCGUCCUUGUUUGUGUGGUGCCGCCGCCGCCGGUGCAGCCGUCGCCGCCGCCGCUGCCCCCGUCUGUACCGCAGUGUCUGCUCCGCCCGCCCGCCCCGGUCCGGCCCGCCCCCCUCCCCUACCCCCGUCCCUAGUCCCGUCAGCAGGGUCUGGAUCCCCUGUGCCGUCGCCUCUUCCUUUUUCGACGCCUCCGCCGCCGCCUGAGGAGGCGAGCUAGCCGGGAGUUACACCGCCACCGCCAGGAUGGAUAGAAUGACAGAAGACGCUCUUCGCUUGAAUCUGUUGAAGCGGAGCUUGGACCCAGCAGAUGAGCGAGAUGACGUCCUGGCAAAGCGACUCAAAAUGGAGGGGCAUGAGGCCAUGGAACGUCUGAAAAUGUUGGCAUUGCUCAAAAGGAAGGAUUUGGCAAAUCUUGAGGUGCCACAUGAGUUACCCACCAAACAGGAUGGCAGUGGUGUCAAGGGCUAUGAAGAAAAACUUAAUGGGAAUCUCAGGCCUCAUGGAGACAACAGGACUGCUGGAAGGCCAGGCAAAGAAAACAUCAAUGAUGAGCCUGUGGAUAUGAGUGCUAGACGGAGUGAGCCAGAGCGAGGAAGGCUAACUCCCUCACCAGACAUCAUUGUUUUGUCUGACAAUGAGGCUUCCAGUCCCCGUUCCAGUUCCAGAAUGGAAGAAAGACUCAAAGCAGCCAACUUAGAGAUGUUUAAGGGGAAAGGCAUUGAGGAACGGCAGCAGCUUAUCAAGCAGCUGAGGGAUGAGCUACGAUUGGAAGAAGCCCGACUGGUCCUGUUAAAGAAACUGAGACAGAGUCAGCUACAGAAAGAGAAUGUGGUCCAGAAGACUCCAGUUGUACAGAAUGCAGCAUCUAUUGUUCAGCCAUCUCCUGCCCAUGUGGGACAGCAGGGCCUAUCUAAGCUUCCCUCCCGGCCUGGGGCCCAAGGGGUUGAACCUCAAAAUUUGAGAACAUUACAGGGUCACAGUGUCAUCCGUUCAGCUACCAAUACCACCCUUCCACACAUGUUGAUGUCUCAACGUGUUAUUGCACCAAACCCAGCCCAGCUACAGGGUCAGCGGGGCCCGCCUAAGCCUGGCCUUGUACGCACCACAACACCCAACAUGAAUCCCGCCAUCAAUUAUCAACCGCAGUCAAGUUCUUCUGUUCCAUGUCAGCGUACAACAUCCUCUGCCAUCUAUAUGAACCUUGCUUCUCAUAUCCAGCCAGGGACGGUGAACAGAGUGUCCUCGCCACUUCCUAGCCCCAGCGCCAUGACUGAUGCUGCCAACUCACAGGCUGCAGCCAAAUUGGCUCUUCGCAAACAGCUGGAAAAGACACUCCUGGAGAUCCCACCCCCUAAACCUCCUGCUCCCUUACUUCAUUUCUUGCCUAGUGCAGCCAAUAGCGAGUUCAUCUACAUGGUAGGCUUGGAAGAAGUCGUACAGAGUGUCAUUGACAGCCAAGGCAAAAGCUGUGCCUCACUUCUGCGGGUUGAACCCUUUGUAUGUGCCCAGUGCCGCACAGAUUUCACCCCUCACUGGAAGCAAGAAAAGAAUGGUAAGAUUCUAUGUGAGCAGUGUAUGACCUCCAACCAGAAGAAGGCUCUAAAAGCUGAACACACCAACCGGCUGAAAAAUGCAUUUGUGAAAGCCCUACAGCAGGAACAGGAAAUUGAACAGCGAUUACAGCAGCAGGCAGCCCUCUCCCCCACUACGGCUCCAGCUGUGUCCAGUGUCAGUAAACAAGAGACCAUCAUGAGACAUCAUACGCUUCGGCAGGCUCCACAGCCCCAGAGCAGCCUCCAGCGUGGCAUGCCCACAUCUGCCCGCUCCAUGCUUUCAAACUUUGCACAGGCACCCCAGUUGUCUGUGCCAGGUGGCCUCCUUGGUAUGCCAGGUGUCAACAUUGCAUACUUGAAUACUGGCAUCGGAGGACACAAAGGCCCCAGUUUGGCAGACCGACAGCGUGAAUACCUUUUAGACAUGAUCCCUCCCCGGUCUAUAUCGCAGUCCAUCAGUGGACAGAAAUAACGCCUGUUCCACUUGUACUGCCCCAUCCUUGAAUCCUUUAUCCCUUUCCUCUUUCAUUCCCCCAACUUCUGUCGCAUGCAGUGCCUGUACUGGUGCCUACCAUACACGGAAAGCAAAACAGAAAAACAGAAGACAAAAAAUAGAGAUCAGCAAGAAAACACACGCCCUGCCCUGCCACCUCCCCUUUAUUUCACACUGCUGCGAUCUGUUCUUCUGCCGCUCUGUCUUCUCUCUUCAAUUUUCUUUAACAGUGAGGUGGAUCUUUACCUCUGAUAGAGGUCAGAAUGAGGUCCUGGGGAGAAUCUAAGCCCUCCGAUGUGUGUUUCUAAAGUUGUUUUAUGCUAUAAUUAUUACCAUUUUUAAUGAUGUUGUGUGUCCUCCCUUUGUUCAGUGGACGGUUAAACCUUCCCCCACUCAACCAAUCUUUUUCUUUUUCCUUUUCUUCCUUUUUUUUUUUUUUUUUUUUUUGUAAACACAAAUGACAUUCAGUUCAAUGAUAUGAGCAUUGCAGAUUGCAGUAGGGGUCCCAGCUGCCAAGUAGGACAUGACUAGGAGUGUUAGGGGCAGAAGUUUUGAAUGCACUUAACCGGAGGAGGGCGCAGGGUGGGGGGUAUCAAAGAAGGACGAAUAGCACCCUACCUGUGGGUGUUUGGGGGCUGGACAAUUUGGGUGGCAGUGUUUGGUACUGAAGUUGGGCUCUAAGAAUGAGGGGAAAGAGCCUGGGGAGGAGCUUAAAACUCAACCACUCUGGAAUUUACCCAUAGAAGACGGGAAGAAAGAGGUAUGAAGAUGGGCUCAAUUAUGAGCCAGGGAGGAUUGAAACUAGGUCCUGCCUUUCUGUAUCUUGGGGAAAUAAGACCGAUCUCCUGACCCCAUUGGGAACACGGAAGUCUAUUCCAGGCCAACCAGCCCAAAAUUAGUUCAUCUUGUAUUCUUUGUAAAAUUCUCCCUCACCCCACCCUGCUUUUAAAAAUUCUAAUCUAUCCCCUCUAACCAUAGCCCCAUCUAUAAUACAGAGGAACGGCUGUUCCAAGGCUGUUUGCUGGGUGUUCCACAAGUUGGGUGGACAUAAAUGAGUCAAGUGACAACAGGAGGAAAUAGACUUAGAGGAAAGAAAGGAUUUCUCUUCCAACAGUUGAGAUUCGCAUAUUUGCCUAUUCUUUCACCCUCUGAGUGCCAGGAGAUGAGAGGCUGGGGGUACACAAUCAGGUUGGAGUCCUGUCCUUACUCUGCUGCACCAGCUGCAGAACCAACUGCUCAAAGCCAAACAGCUCAUGGCAAAACCAGCUUAGGACCUCUGCUGUACAAAUAGUUGCUUCCCACUGCCCCCCGCCCGCCCCCAGAAUGAUAUUAAUUUUGCCUUUUUUUUUUUUUUUAAGCGCUACUAAUGUAGAGAAUGAAUUGAAUUGUGCAAUGUUGCUGUUCUGGGGACUGGGGAGAUUAGCAUCCCAUUUGCCCACACUGUGGGAAGACGGAGUGGACCAGGCUAUUUUUGAAGUAAGGGAAGCCCCUUAAAGGUACGGGUUUCUGCUCUUCUCAUAGUGUACACCCACCUGCCUCUCUGGCUCCAGAAGCUGCCAGAGUGCACUGGGGGGAAUGUUCUCAGCAGAGAAGAAUGAGGAGAAGUUUAAUAUUUUGCCCUUGAAAGUCACCUGAGGAAGUUUCCCCACUUUUAUUUUUUAAAAUUAAGUAAUUUUUUAAAGAAGGCACUUUUAAAAUUAACACACACAUGAACUGCACACCUUCCCCAUAAAAUUUGGAGGUGGGGUGGGAGAAAGAGCUAAAAUCAGGCUCAGUUCCCCUACUCUGGCCUCUACUCCCCAUACCCCAGUGCCACUGUGGGUGACUAUACUGGCCCUACGGGCCUUCCUGGCUUUUCUUUCCUCCCUUCCCCCAAAUUCAUUGAGCACUUAAAGGAGCAGAGAUGCAGCCAGUGUCUGGGCUCCCCCAGUGGUGAAAUGAUCUGGAAGCUAGAUGCUAGUAACAGGUAGUGAUUGGGUUUUUUGAGUAUUUUUCCGGGGAAUGUGGUACCCCUGACUGUAAGUGGUGGGAGAGGGAGGGGGGUUAAUGGAACUGGGUCUGGGAUUAUUUUAAAAUUAUAUAUAUAUAUAUAAAGAUAUAUUCUUACAUCUUUUCUUUGCCCUCUGUGCUUUGAAAGCACUGGAUAAAUUGUUUGGUUUUGCUUUUCUCUCUUCCACAAAAUUGGAAGCUUUUUAAAAAAAUAUUUUCCCCACAAGUCAUCUUGCCUUGUGGCAUGUCUGUCUAGCCUCUUCCUCCCUCCCUCAUGAUGAAGUGCCAUUUCUGUUACGUCUCCCUCUCCCCAAGCUCAGAGGUGCUCAGAGGUACGAGAUGCCCAAGUUUGUCAGUUGAGAUUAAAAGUAAGGAACAGAGAAUGUGCAAUACCGUCUGGCUGGGGGCUGUCCCUGCCCUGCCCUGAGCUGAGUCCUUUCCCUGGGAGCCAGGCCACCUUAGAAUGGGGUUUGGAAGUAAGAUGUAUAGAGUUGGGGAAUCAUGGAGAAGGAAAGCCUAUAGUCGAGUGCCUGCUUAGGUGCUGAGGUCACAGGGGAGAUGGUGGAAUCUUCCCUGUUUUUAUCCCCUCAGGGUCAGUUACACAGAAGCUGCUUCUUGACUAGUAUAGCUCGGUGACCCUUUGUUCAACCGCUGAGGUUUGAUUUCUUACCCUUUCUUCUCCCCAUUUUCAUACUCUUCCCAGGGAUUAGUGAUGGAGGUGAGGUCUCCCUAAUCAUGGUAAAGUGUUAACCUUCCACCUCCUCCCUUCCCUCCUCCUUCCUCAUCCUUCUGUCUUCCUCAAUUCUCUGUCUCUUUUUCAUCACUGAUUGCCUUGUGUCCCUCCAAGUCUACUUGUUACUAUCCAUCUCCAGGCUCUGGGCCGUGUAGACACUAAACCUCAUGCCCUAAGGACAGGAGGAAAGACCCUCUGUUUGGAGCGUUAUUAGUAGAGUGAGGAUCCCACCAGUUCUGCCUGGCUUCCUCCAUCCCCAGAGGCACUAAAAGCAGUAUUUUAAGGUUGGUGUCUUACUCCCUAGAAGCCUGAAAUGGGUGGAAUAGCGGUAAGGCUUGAGUAAAACUAGGGGACAGAGGUUCUUAUUUGUCGAUUUUAUUUUAUAAUUUGACCACAGCAUCUGGACUCCCUCUCUCCCUGGAAUAAGUAUUUUUCCCACAUUUUUGGAUAUAUGUAUGGUAGACAAUUUUUUUUUAAGACACAGAGAUAAAUGUUUUCCUGCUUUGGUUACCUUUCCUUUCCCCUUUAAAAGGAAUUAGCUAUAGAACUGCUUUGUAAAGAUGCUUCUUGAUAUUUUACUUUUGUUCCUUUUCCCUAAUCAUUCCCUUUUCUCCCCACUCCUCCAGAAGGCAUAACCCUUCUCUCCACACCCCCUACCCCCACCCCCGUCCUAGGCUCCCAUCCUUUCCAUCAAGACCUUCAUUAGCUUAUGAUAUUUGCUGCCGAGAUGUUAUAACAAGGACUCGUUCAUGUAUAUAAGCUAUUUCUUGAUCCAUUUAAAAGGAAUUGUACAUUGUGUAGAAAAAAAAAAAAAACCUGAAAAAGAGAAAAAAAAGCCCUAGCCAUGGAUAUUGUGAAACUGUGUUAUGUCAUUUUGUAAUGUGCCCGUUUGUGUAUGAUCCGUGCAAAAGGGUUUCUGGGGAAGGGGAGGGGGUAGGGAGGCAGGGCUGUGGAGGGUGGGUAGGGGAGUGGGCCGGGCCCAGCACACUGAGACUGGCAGCUGCUCCAACCCCAUCCCUCCUUAGAGAUGCCACCUCCCCCACCACCCACCCCUAAUUUGUGCCUUGCCUCCCCACCCUGGAGUAGUCCCUCCGGGUCACCAGCACUGCCUUGGCAGAGCCCACUCCCUACCCUAACCUGCCCACCCUCCCUAUCCCCCAGCAUUAGGUUGAUACUGUGGGGAAGUGCUGGGGGCUGGGAGGUAGCCGAGGAAUGGGGCAGUUCCCGGGGGCAUCGAAACCAAGUAUUAUUAUGAAUUGUAAUUGUAUUUGCACUGUUUUUUUCCUCUGAUUGCAUCAGCAUAUAUACAAUAUACCUAUAUAACAAAAUUCAGUGUCAAGCUUUCUUAUGCAAGGGAUUUCCCCCACCCCACCUCCUCAAAAAAGAAAGAACCUAGUCUUAUGGGCCUUUGAGGGUGGAUUGUCAGGGGAUGAUAGAAAGGAUUUUAAUAAGUCAUCCUGAGGAAAUUUCACCUAUUGAGAGCCACAUCCAUCUGCACAGCCUUAGGCUGCGUGAACCGAGGUGAGGCUGAGCUCCUGUGAAAGCCAAGACCUCCUGGUCCAGGACUUUGUAGAGUAAAAAGAACCACCAACACAAAAGGGGUUGAGGGGGCUACAAUCUGGAGACCUGGAGUCUCCUACUAACUUGCUAUAUGAUCUUUGGUAGAGUUAAUUUUCUGAGUAUCAAUUUUCUUAUCUGUGAAGUGAAGAGGGGGAUCAUCUGGCCACCAAGUUUAAAAUUCUAUACUUCUCACCUGCCAAAACCAAAAAACAACUUGAGGUGAGGAAAGUGUUGGGCCCAGAAACCAGGGAGGAACUGAAAGUGACUCGCGUUGAAGUGGUUAUGUGUAUGUCAAUGCUCUUGGAGAACUGCCAGUCCUCUAUGGUUACCCUUGAUUUGGGAGAGGCAGCAGAGUCAUGUCCAGGGCAUCAGACCAGUGACAUCUUUGCCUUUAUGCCUCUAGUCAUCUGAGGGCGGGGACUAGGCCUCAAGCCCCAUCUCACAGCCAACCACAGAGCCCUUAAGGGUGGUUGACAAUUGAAUGCCCCAGGUUGGUGCUUUAGUUAUUUACUCCCUUUGUGAGCUACAGGAUGUGUAACUUUUCCCCCAUCUUGGUGAUAAAAUAGGAGAGCGCAGACACAGCCCACAUUUUGUCUCCUUUCCUCAGAUUUCAUCUGAACCCCGCUAAAGGCAGCUGUUUCACAGUCUGUCUCCUUCAGGGGCCCAAUUUCCCCACAGCCUGGGCUGAGUACUCCUACUCUCUUCUUUAGGUUCUGGGCUGAUAAAGCCUGGAGAGGGUACAGGGUGAUGGGUGAAGCCCUGGUGAAGGUGGAAGGAUAGAUUGGGGUUGGGGGGUGGGGAGCAGGGAGGUGGGAUGGGGAAUGGCCUUCCCUGAAUAGGGUGGGUGGGAGGGGAACAAGACCCUUUUGCACAACUCUCUUUAAGUUUCCUUUAUUUCUUUUUUAACUCAUUCUGAUUUUCUGCAUUGUGUUUGGGAAAUAAAAUGAAAAAACUAAGACCAAUAGAAACUGGUUUUCAAAAAGGCAAAUACACUCCCAUCUGUUUCAGAUGCUGCUGAGCAUUUCAGCAGUGACAGAUUCAAAUAA